AUGGCGGAGCUCCGAGUUCACAGAGUCCUUCUUUUGGUAAUUUCUUUGGCAAAGAGUCUGGAGACUACAAAACUGCUGGCAGAACUUAAAAAAUGUGGCGACUUGGAAUGUGAAACUUUAAUAAGCAGAGUCACAGCCCUACAAGAUUAUGAAGGACCUGACUGCCGAUACCUCAACUUCACUAAGGGAGAAGAAAUAUCUGUUUAUGUUAAACUUUCAGGAGAGAGAGAAGACUUGUGGGCAGGAAGUAAAGGAAAAGAUUUUGGAUAUUUUCCCAGAGAUGCAGUCCAGAUUGAAGAAGUGUUCAUAUCUGAGGAAGUUCAAGUAUCAACUAAAGAAUCUGACUUUUUUUGUCUUCUUGGAGGAAAUUACAUAUUUGAAAAUGAAGAUAAUGAGUUAAACAGUGAUACUUGUGACCCUAACUAUCUAUUUGAAGAAGAUGAAGACCAAAUAUCGAGUUUCUAUGAACAUAAUACCCACAUAGAUUCUGGAUUUUAUUCAACUUCUGAAAGUACUUUGUUAAAAGACCAAUUUCUAGCAGUAGAGACCCCAGAUGAUACCAGCAGUAUCAGUGAAUCAAAAGCCUUGGAAGAGGUAGAAACUGAAAAUGUGCAACAGGAUAAUGUCCAAGAAGAGACUCUAGGUCACAUUCCAGAAGUGGAUCAUGCCCCACCAGCCUCAGCUGUGCCUGAAGGGAUGGGAUGGUUUGCACUGACAACAGAACAAACUGACAGACAAACCUUUGAACCAGUUAUUGAACCUGUGCAAGAAAGCUCCUUUCAAAGUAGAAAAAUCGCAGUGUUAGAUGAGAAUGACCUAGAGGAAUUAAAUAACAAUGAGCAUCAAAUAAAGCAUAACCAAGAACCUGACUUAGAAAUUGAUGCAGUGCCAGAUAAACAAUCUGAAAUAACAUCUGAAUCUGAGCACAUUCUCAAACCUCAGGCCACUGGUUGGUUUGGAAGUGGAUUUACAAGUUACUUAGGUUUUGGAGAUCAGGAUACCAGCCUUGAAUUAUUGUCUAAAGAAAGUAAUCAACCACUUCAAGAUGUGCCUAAUCCGAUAUCAUCUGAUGAAGAAACUACAGUUCCAUGUGAAGAAAUAAUAGUAGAAGAAGACCCUAUUAUUAAUGAUAGCUCAACUCUCAAGUCAAGUUGGUUUGAUUUUGGUUUUGGUAUGCUAGGUUUUGCACAUGUUAAGGAAGAUAAAAUGAUAUCCGAUGGUAUAAAAAAUGAAGAAAAAAUUGGAGGUGAUAAAAAUGAACCUCCUCCUCUAGCAAGUGAAUCUGAUCUUGACAAGAAACAAGAAACAGAAAUAUCAGAAAUUAUGGAAACUGAAGAUCAAAUAAACAAGAAAACCAACUUAGAGAAAACAGAUGAUUCUGAUACCGUACCAUAUUUUAAAAGGUUCUUAUAUAAUUUUGAUAAUCCUUGGAGCACCCAGAAAAUUCCAAAGGAUAAAGAAUUGUUAUUUCCCAAACAGACAGGAGAUGAAGGAAAUGGAAUUGAAAAUGAACAAACAGAAGAAUUUUCAGUUGAAAAUGAUCCUACAGAUAAUACAAUGUCUAAAAGCAGUUCCAGCACCUCAGAUUUGGCCUUUAAAACAGAGUUACCUAUGAGGAUUCAAGAAGAAAUGGAUUCCCAGAUUAGAUCUUCUGAAAAUAAUGAAGAUGAAUCCAACACAUUACAGUUGAUGGAAGGUUAUCCUGAGGUAGAAAUCUAUGGAGUUGUGGAAAAUACUCAGUUAAACGGUCAGAUAUUUUCAAGUGAUAACUCUGUGCCUUCUCAAAAUCACAUUCCUCAGGAAGAAGAUGCUUUGGAGUUUCAAAUUCUGAAAUACGUAUUUCAAAUCAAUGUUUAUGAUUUCCUGACUUUGGCAUUUUCACCAAUUUUGUUUCUUAAGGAAAUGGUAAGUUGGAUUUUCACAUCUUUUGGAAUACUCUUAGCCAUUUUAAUUAAUAUAGAAGAGGCCAUAGAUUAA